AUCGAAAUGUUUGUUUAUAUUUUUUUAAACACUAAUUUCGUUGAUGCUGGUGUUGGGACCGGUAACUAGAGGAAGGUCAGGGUCCCCAACACACUCUAGAAGGUGACCAGCUGCGUGACCCAUGACCAUAUCGAUCGUUGAAUGAACUGAAAUUUUGUUUUUAAAUAUCAAAAACCAAAUCCUUCUUUCUGGAACAUGCGUCUGAAAUUCUACGUAUCUCGAUCUGCAAAAUUUGAAGCAGCCUGGAGCAGUUAUAUUUGCAACUUUUGCUCGCCGAAAAAGUCCACCUGGUGAUUUUAUUAUUAGUUAAUUGAUGAAAUAUGGAACCAAACACGGCCAGCCUUUUGGUCUACCGAGAGACCCAGGAUCGCCUUGGUAGUGCAAAUGUAAGGCAAAAACUGCAUGUGACGAGAUCUAUGAUAGAGCGUCUGGGUCUGGAAAAAGAGUUACUUGGUCACUCUGGCUGUGUCAACUGUCUUGAGUGGAACACCAAGGGAGACAUUCUGGCGUCUGCUUCAGACGAUGUGCAGGUUGUCCUGUGGGAUCCGUAUACAUACAAACCGCUGAAAACAAUCCGGACAGGUCACCAGGGGAAUAUCUUCUCUGUCAAAUUCCUUCCCCACUCUGGUGACCAAACGAUCUUGACUGGAGCAGCCGACAACAAGGUUAGGGUGCACGAUUUGACCCUGGAUGAGCCACGGAUGAUAUGUUCAUGCCAUGGCAAUAGAGUCAAAAGAGUGGCCACAGCCCCAGAUGAACCAAAUCUAUUCUGGAGCGCCGCCGAAGAUGGAUGUGUGAUGCAAUUUGAUCUGCGGCAAGCACACCAGUGUAACACAGAGACAAGUGCCUCAAUUCUGGUCAACUUGAACAAUCACAUGGGUGCUGGCGCAGAAGCCAAAUGUCUUGCCAUCAACCCCACCAGGCCAGAAUUAUUAGCGGUUGGAGCCAAUGACCCUUUCGCUCGUUUGUACGACCGCAGAAUGAUCACCACAACCACAGUACCUUUUCAAUCUGGAACAAGCAACAGAAAUUUGCCCUGGGGAAAACGGAAUUUGCUGCAAGCCAGGGCUGGUCUUGGUGACGAAAAUGAAAAUAUCCCAAGAGAUUCAGUUAGAUACUACUCACCAGGUCACCUGCCUUCAUUGGUGCCGAAGAAUGGGAGGAGUUUCAUGACAUCUCCGUCUGCUGUAAGCACCUAUCUCACCUUUAGUUCGGAUGGAAAUGAACUUCUCGUCAACCUUGGUGGCGAGCAGAUUUACCUCUUUGACACAUACAUGCUUAGGAAACCCUAUUCUUUCAAACUACCUCAGCAAGAAAAAUCAAAUCGCUGCCUAUUUGUGCCUAUUUCGGAGAAGGAUAUUCAAGAGAAGGUUGCUGCCUUAAAAGAAACAGCCAAUGGGUAUUUCAAGAGCAGGAGCUAUUUCAAGGCAGUGAAGAUUUACAAUGAGGCAAUCGCCCUAUGUCCCAACUCGGCAGUUCUGUACGCCAACAGGGCAGCGGCAUUCAUGAAGCGCAAGUGGGAAGGAGACGACUAUGCCGCUUACAGGGACUGUGCCACCGCCCUGGCCCUGCAGCCUGACUAUAUGAAGGCUCACUUCCGCCUGAUCAGCUGUCUCACAGCCUUGCACAAGCCGGACCUUGCCAUCAAGAGUCUGGCAGAGUUUGCAGAAAAAUUCCCAGAUGAAAUCCUCUCUUCCGAGUACAAGAAACUUGCUGGUGACAUUGAAAGUGACCAGGAGUUGCUCAGCAAAAUAGAAACAGAAAACAAAGGUGAUGCAGAAGAGGAAACCGAGAGUGUGCAGCAGGUGCGAUCGAAGCAGUCUGACGUAGAAAAGAUCUGGCGAGACGAGUCGAGCGACUACAAGUUGUUUUUCUGCGGCCACUGUAACACCACUACAGACAUCAAGGAAGCUAACUUUUUUGGGAGCAAUGCUCAAUAUAUUGUGGCUGGCUCGGACGACGGCUCGUUUUUCAUCUGGGACAGACACACAACCAACAUCAUUAAAGUUCUGAAAGGAGACGAUUCGAUUGUUAACUGUCUCCAGCCGCAUCCUUCGACCUGCCUAUUGGCCACCAGCGGCAUUGAAUCGACUGUCAGACUUUGGAGUCCACGACCAGAAAAUGCCGAACCAGAGUCCCGAGAGGUGAAGGAGAUGGAGGUGGCAGCAGUGUUGAACCAGAAGAGGAUGAGGACUGAUCCAUUUGAGAUGAUGUUGUCCAACAUGUCCGCCAGAGCCAAUGAAGAAGGCGUUGAGGGACUCGCUGGAGUCUCUUGCAGACAGAGCUAACUGAUGAAUCAGUGAUACAUGGAUAGUGUAUCUAAAUAUUACAUUAUGAAUGUUUUUCACUUUAUUGCUGUUGUUUUUCAUUAAUAUGUCAUGUAAAGCAAAAUGAUAGUUAAAAAAACUCAUUUUUUUCUUUAUAUUUUUACUUACCUACAAAAAAAGGCAUGC